AUGGGAACUCCGACCAGAGAUACCUUAAUCAAACUUGCGACCAAUUCGGGAUUGACUCGGGACCCAUCCGUGCCACAAGGAUUGAAUUAUAAGCGAAAGGAAGAGAUUGAGAAGGGUCAUGAGCUCUGCACACUGAAGAACCGGUAUGACACGCUUCGCACUGAUUUGAUUGCACGGUCGGAGAGGAAGAGACGUUAUAAAGCGGCCGAGGUUGAGCAGCACAAAAGUUUGUUCGACAUCAUUAGGAAUCAAAUUAUCGAAGGAAACUAUGAGGGAAAGCCCGUUACCUUUGAACCAGACACGUCUCAUGUAUUGCCGGAGAGAAGAGCUCUCACGGAUCUCGAGUUCAAGAAUAGAGACGUGGACAAAGUCAGUUAUGACGAAUUGCUCGAGGACCGUAUUCGAUCCCUUGAGAUGCGACUGGCCCUAUACCAUCUCGAAGUACUGAGGAAAUUGCAGGAGCGAAUCCGUUUCAAUAAACCGCCUCCACAAAAGACUGAAGAUGAUCCUAUUUCCAUGGAGAGUGAGGAGGAAUAG